ACCAACGGCACCUUUUUUCUGCAGAGACUCAUUCAGUCUUUUGCCUACAGACUGCAGUCUUUCUAAAUUCUAAUCUCUACUCUACUCGCAGACACACUUGAAACCAUGCCGCCUGGAAGGACAAUGAUAACACCGAAUUCACAAUCAACACAGAAUUAAACAGAUGAAGAUGAGAAAAGAAUUGAGAAGAGAGGUGAGAUGAGAAAUAGGGUAUUGGAUGGGGAUGAGAAGAGAAAAGAGAAAGCUGUGGAGAGGAAAACUUGCGGAAGAGAUCGCGGGGAAUCUAGGUUACGGGAAUGUGUCGAGAAAGCGGAGGAGGAUGAAGCGGUUUGGGAGAAGGGGAAUGGGAAAGACGAUGGUUCUGGUGAUAAGGACGAUGGGUGUGAACUAGUCGUAGAGGAUUCGGAGGGCGAAUCCGAGGAAAUUAGGGAUUUGAAGAAGAGGCUGAGACCUAAGAAGGUUAAUCAUGACGAAGACCAAGGGGAUGACGGGUUUUCGUGGAAGAGGUCUGGACGAAAGCGUAGAGAGGAGGGAAGAACUCCAAAUGGAGAAGAUAAAAGGGUUUCAGUAAAGAAGCCUGGUAGAAGGGGUAGACAGAAGAGUAAGGUCCUAGAAAGCCAAGACAGGGAAGAUGAAGAUGUAAAUGGUGCACUUCCAGAAAUUGAGGAAGGAGGGGAAAGUGAUGAUAUGGACAAGGAUAAUGCAAAUAAAGAGACUCGGAAUAGAGCAAGGAAGGGUAAGGAGAAGAGUUCAGUUAAGGAGGAAGAGAAGGUUUCUACUUCCAUGGGGGAAGAAGCUGCUUCAAAAGAUAGAUUAAACAGGAGUGGUCCUAGUUGGGUCCCAUCAUGGGUUAAAAAAGGAUCAUCAAUAUGUCAUCAAUGUUGGAGGAAUGACAAAGGAAGGGUUGUGAGAUGCAAAAGAUGCUGGGGGAAACAAUACUGCAUUUCCUGUAUAACCAUCUGGGUCGCUGCGAUUGUAAAGGCAUGCUUGCACAAGGAUGGCCCUCUUGAAAUGAAAAACCUAGAGCUUGUGUUCAAUGAGAAAGUUAGGCAUUCUAAGUACUUACUUCAGGCACUUCUCCCAUACAUCAAACAAUUUAGUGAAGAACAAAUGACAGAGAAGAAUGGUGAUCUGGAGCACUUCCAAAAACACUGGGCUAAAGGUGAGCCUGUUAUUGUUAGGGAUGUGCUCAAUGAUGCUUCUGGUUUGAGCUGGGAACCAAUGACUGUUGUCAGGUAUGGAAGGCUUCUCGGUAACAUAAUGAUGGAGAUCUUUAUUCCCAGCAUGGGAAGGACUGGCCCGUCUGAAAAAUUUGAAGAAAAACUUGAUGAGUUUGUUUAUCAUUCGCCAUUUAAAGAGUAUACACACCCUGAGUAUGGUUCUCUGAAUCUUACUAUCGGAUUGCCCAAAGAAGAAUCCCUAAAGCCAGAUAUGGGGCCUAAGACAGAUAUUGCUUAUGGAGUUCCUCUAGAGCUUGGGCAUGGGGACUCUGUCACUAAGCUUCACUAUGAUAUGUCUGAUGCGGUAUUUGCUCUCUCUAAUUGCCACGGUAGCUUGCUUUCAUUGGUUACUGGAAAAGUUGUAUUAGGUUUAGGAGAACUAGAUUCUAUGCUAGGAUUUUCUACUGAUAUUAGAGCAAAAUGUGUUGGGUCGACUGAGUUCAUGUUGGAUCAUCUAGGGUCUAUUGGGCUGGGCUGGGCAUGAUCUACCUCGUGGGUCUUGACUUUUUUAAAAUUUAAAAUUAAAAUUUAGAUUUUUCA